UACAGGAACUGAACAUCACCCAUCAAACAGGUGCAGCCCUGGAAUUUUCGUUUCGGGACAUGAACAAACUGGUCUACGAUGGUUUGUCCUUCCUUAUUUUGUUCCUAGUGCUCCUGGUGUGCUUGACGAUUCUGUAACGAACGUCCAGCGGCGAGCAGACCGACUGCUGAGGGAUCGCACGUUAGAGAUGGCGAGCUCGGUGGGAGGCGAGGGUGGCCCCGACGACAAGUCCGUUCUGCACGUCGUUGUGGUUGGGUUUCACCACAAAAAGGGCUGCCAGAUAGAGUAUGCGUACCCUCCCCUGUUGGAAGGACAGCCUCCUGACAGCCAUGACCUUCCUGAUGAGUGGAAGUACCUUCCCUUCCUGGCUCUUCCUGAUGGAGCUCACAACUUUGAAGAAGAUUUUAUCUACUUCCACUUGCCUGGGAGAGGAGGCAGUAAGAAGACAGUGUAUGGUGUGUCCUGUUACAGGCAGAUUGAUGCAAAGGAUUUGAUAAACAGAGAAGCUGACAUCACCAGGGAGACAGUGCAGAAAAGUGUCUGUGUUCUCAGCCACCUGCCACUGUUUGGACUCAUUAAAGCCAAGCUUGAGCUGUGCACAGUGGCCUACUUUGAGGAGCGGGACUUUUCAAAAGUAACCAUAUUGAAGGAACUGUAUGACAACUUGUCUGGAUUGCUGUGUUCUGACCUCAUAGAUGGACCACAGGUUUUUAUAGGACUCUCUGCAAGAGACCUGGUCUUACGUUUUAAACAUAAGCUUUUGGUUAUUUUCAAGUUGCUGCUAUUAGAAAGAAGGGUUUUAUUCUACUCUUCACCUGUGGGCAGACUGUCCACCACUCUGCUGUCUCUGCUCUCGCUUUUCCCAGGAGUCCUUCAGCAAGGCCUGUCAGAGUCAGUCUCACACAAGAUCGGCACCCAAAUUUCAACCGAGCUCAUCCUUAGUGACUUUGGCAUAGACACUGAAGAAUACCUCGAGGUCCAGCUAUCAGCUGUACCAGGCUCUGACCUGGAGGUGCAGCCAAAAAACACCGUAUCAGAAGAGGAAUUCAAGAAGAACCAAAUAGACAUUGUAGGGGGGACUGCAACGAAGGCUGGGGUUGGCUCGGCGGUUAUUCUCACGGCGCAAGAGAGCAGCGACAACUCCACGGAACGCGAUGAAGAUGCGGACCAUUCCUCUAAGACGUCCACGAGUACAUACAGCACUGCGUCCGAACUCACCUCCCCAACUAACAUGAGCGGCAUCAGCAGUGACUGGGAGAAGGUGGAGAAAAUGGAGGUGGAGGAAGCGGAGAACGAACUAAAGGCCUUGUCGAGCUCGGAGAACGGCCUGACGCCACGGAGCAGUAAUGGAGAGAAUGUGGGAGAGAGUGGAGGGAUGAUAGAGAGCGAUGUCACCCCGAAGUCGUCCCCUAUAUUGUCGCCCAGCCCUUUCCCUACUGAUGAGUUUGGCUUCCCUCUGGCUAUAUUCACCAAGGGUUCAGUUUGCCACCCGUACCUGGCCCUCCAACAUCACGAGCUGCUGCAGGACGUGAACAUCAGGAGUUUCCUCGUCGGCGCUACCAACAUUCUCUUCAAGCAGAGGAGACAUCUCACUGAUGUCAUUGUAGAUAUAGAGGAGGAUAAGAUUGAAAUCUAUGACGCAGAACUUAGGAAACAGCUUCACCUCCACACCGCAGACCUGCGCUUCGCUGACUUCCUCGUCAAACAUGUGGUGGAAGAAAGAGACGACAUCUUUCUGGACGGAACUGCUGAACAAAGUCAUGUCGGCUGGGAGGGUGGAGAUGAGUGGGUGCGUUCCCAGUUCUGCCUGUACCUGCUGUCACUCCUGUCUACCACUGAGAACGGAGCUCAAGAGACAAAUUAUCACGACUUCAACACUCAGUUUGUGGAGGCCUACAAGACAACCCACAAUUACCGCCUCUGGAAGGCCACACAGCAUGAUGGGAUUGAUGCAAUGCACACUGGACACCCGUUUAUGGGCCAGUACAGUGCAGCUGACAUCAAGCUCAGAUUGUCCCAUGUGAUGCAGAACACAGAGCGAGGCAAGCGCCUGGGAACAGCCGUGGCCAAAACCGGCCAGGCGGUCAACUCAGCCGUACAGCAGACAGGAAAAGCUGUGGGUGGAGCUCUGAAUCAAGCCAAGUCAGCCAUGUCCAACUGGUGGGCUCAUCUCAAUCAGGACUGGAAGACACAAGAUGGGGAAUAGAUACUUAAUACAACAAGAAUACAACAGGAAUGUACUUUUAAACAAUGAUGAAUGGUAUAUCCUUAUGUUGCACUUUAUUUGUGUGGGAUAGACUUGAUCAAUCAAUAAUGGUAUAUCCUUAUGUUGCACUUUAUUUGUGUGGGAUAGACUUGAUCAAUCAAUAAGAUUACAUAGGAUAUGUUUGAUUUUUUUCCCCCUUGUGCAUCCGAAAAGUGUUAAGCUUGGUAUGUAAAUAGUUCCAAAAAAUGAAAAGAUGAAAUUAUCUCUUGCAGACUGUAGGAAAGCCAUGUUAGUUAGCAGAUACCAUUGAGGAAAAUGGUGGCUCUGAAAACCUUCGGUUACUGUAGUAGCUUAAGAGUUGUCUCAUACACAAGACA